GAGCAAGCAAACAAGCAAACAAGCAAUGCCGGCAUGAUGAAAGAAAGGGGGGAAGACUUCCAUUCAGGCACCAGCUCACGAAACGUCGGCUCAUCGCUUGCUGUUCGAAGGAUAAGAAGCGAAAAGGCUUGUAAUGGAUCUCCUUCUCUCGCGCAAGUCCCUCUCUCUGAGCAAUACGCUUCUUGACCCUCGUCCUACACGCCACCUGACCAAACACCUACGCACCCAUGCAGCUGUACAUUUUCGUCGUCGUCGCCGCUGUAACGGCAUUGGUCUCGACCGUCAGCGCCGACGUCCCGAGCCCUCGCAUGGUGCCUAUCGAUGGGCAGCCUGCCUCUGCCCAACCCCUUUAUGGUCAGCCUCCUUAUCAGCCCACCGGAGCACCUCCCAUUGGCUACCCUCCCUACUUCGGCGUUCCUAAGGCCGCCUGCGAGAGUAAUGUCAUCGCUGCACUCAUUGGCGUCGGCGCCCUCAAUUGCGCCAAUAUCAACGUGCUCUCCACCCAGCCACCCAAUCACAAGCGCCGUAGCCUUGGCGACUUCCACGCUCACCACGACCCCGUGGUCGUCAGUAUGCUCAAGCGCGCCCAGGUCAAGCCCCUCUGUCAGGACCCUGCCUACGACUCCAUGCAGAAGGCCGGUGUCCUCGACUGCGAGAAGAGCGUGCUCAAUGUCGUCGAGGGCUACAAGGCUUCCAAGGAGAUCUGCGCUACGAAGACUGCUGCUCUCCUUGCUGCGAUUAAUGUCAUAAAGUGCGACAAUAUCAAGGUCACCGAGCGCAGCACCGACUCUGAGCACGAAGAUCUCUGGGUCGAUGUCAUGCGUCGCGGGAUUGCCACCCGCCAGUGCGAGCGCGCCAACGAGGACCUCGGGGUGCGCAUGAUCGACUGCUCUCACCCCGCUCUCCUCCUUCCUCGCCUUGUUGGACCCCUCGGAGGUGUCGGCGACGGAGCAAGCCCGGACUGCCAAGCCAACACCAUCGCUGGCCUCAUCGCCGUGGGAGCUGCGGAGUGCCUCGAUCUCAACAUUCUCUCCAACGUGCCCGCCCGACAAGGGCGUCGCGAGCUGCCCCUCAUCAAUGUAGAGGCCCUAAAGGAGGCGGACCUCAAUGUCCUCUCAUACGUGCCUGGCUCGCAGCCCGGCGGAGAGUACUAUGAGGAGGUCGAGCAGGAGGAUCGCGAGGAGAAAAGCAGCAUCGAUGCUGCCAUGGUGGGACGUCGCGACUACACUGUUCGCAAGAGGAUCGCUGAGACUAUUGACAAGAGCGCCUAAGCUCGGUGCUACCACUCUGUCACUGUAGCCGACGCGAUGUACAACGCGCGCUUUGAGAGCUACCAGAUGCGUCCGCUGUUGCUUUAGCCUCGUCAUCGCUUUCGUGCCUUCGCAGAGCACUAUUUACUUGUUCAGCUGCGAAAUUUCUCCCCCUUAUCUAAGCCACACUACCCCUUCUGUUUCGCUACUAUCACGCUACCCAGCCUCGCAUCUUGGAAGCCUGAUGCCGAGGAUGGACGCUAUGCUUGAUUCUUGUUCGCCCUCGCAUCCGCCUGCCAAGCGCGUAGCUUCUGUUCGAUUUCUCACGUGAGACGGUCUAGCGAGUAGCAGCGAAGCUCAUCAGGAGCCAGUCACCCAAUCGCCGAUAGCAU